AUGUCGGUACGGGUCGGGCACUUGGUGGCCGCGCUGUGCCUGGCGCUGGCCAUCACCUGCACCAGCCAGGAGGUCGCGAGCUCCGAUCUGCUCAACGAUCAUGACCUCGAUGAUAGCUACGAGUGCUCAGUGAUCAAGUCGGAGGUAUCUCAGCUGGAGGGGGAGCUCAGGGCCGCCCGAUCGACGGUGGCAGUACUGGAGGAGCGCCUGGUGUCGCAAACCGAGAGGGAUGGCGCCGAGCUCAAGAAGCUGCGCCAGAAGCUGGUCUCAGCGGCCAAGAGCUUGCAGGCCAGCGUUGCCAAGGCCGAGGCGCAGGCCGGGGCGCUGGUGGCCUGCGAGGCGGCCUCCCUCCGGUGCACAACCGACGCCGCCGCGGCGCGCGAGUCACUGGAAGCCCGGACCGAGAAGCUGCACCGUGCGGCGACGGCGUGCCGGGUGCGCCUGACCGACGCCACCGCCGCCCAGGUGGAGGCCCAGAGGGCUCUGGAAAGGGCGGAGAAGCGGCUGGAGGAGGCCGGGCGGGAGGUGGAGGGCUUCCGAGCCAGGCUCGCCAUGCACGAGCAGGACGGCAGCAGCCUGUUGGACCUCCAGCGAUCACUGGACGCAGCGCUGGCGGCGCAGGCAGAGGCGGAGCGCACGGCGGCGGCCGCGCAGGCUGCCACGGCCGCCCUGCUUUCCACCUUUGCGGCGAGGGAGGAGUACGAGUCCCUGCAGCUGCAGCAUCGCACGGAGCUCCUGCCGCACUGGCUCCAGGUCUGGGUGGACCGAGGGUCCGGCGCCCUGCUGCGGCACGCCCGGGAGUGGCACACGGUGGGCUCCCAGGUGCUCAAUCGAGAGGUGCUGCCCAAGGUGCAGACGGCGCGACGAGCCCUCGUCAAGCUUUGGGCGCUGCGCGUGCUGCCGUUGUUCGCGCGCGCCGACGCGGUGGUCGCCGAGCGCCUGGGCGCCGGCUGGCCGGACGUGAGGCGGCGCGCGGCGCGGCGACUCGAUGAAUCACAGGCCGCGCUUUCCAGCGGUGCGCGGGCCGCGCUGGCUCGCCUCCUGCGCCUGCAGGCCUCCGCGGCGGGGUCUGCCCAGGCGCUGGCCGCCGCACGGCUGCCGCCGGGGCUCACGCGCUACGCGACCCCGGCGGCCGCGUCGCUCGCGGUCUGGGCGUGCCUCGCGGCCGCCGCCCUGCCCCUGAUGGCGGCCGGCCUCGGCGCGGCACUGGCCCUGCUUGCCCAUUUUCUGCGCCCGGCAAGGGUUGUCUUUAUGCCGCCCGCAGAGCUGGAGCCCCUGCAGCACGCGCUGCGGUAUGACUUCAGGGCGCCGGGGCGGCUUGUCGCCGGCCUUCGCGAGCUGGAUGAGGCGGGUGCAGUCGGCGGGGCCCCCACCCGCCUAGAAAGCCUGGGCCGGGCGGCGGCGCUCCUCAUCGAAAAAGAGCGGGAUGUGAAUAGAAACGGCCCAGAACCACGCCGUCCCGGCGCCGAUUCCUGGUUGCCGCCGCCGGCCCUGCGAGCCAUGGUCAGACCCGGGCGCGGGCGCAAGAGCCUGCGCGCUGUGCCCGCUGCGCUCGUGCGCGCGUGGCACGUCGUCCUGGGCGCCGUGCUGCUGGACGCCGGCGGCGAGCUGGGACCCCUGCGACGCAUGCUGGCCGGGGCUUCGAAUGGCGAGAACCCCCGGCCGGCGAGCGUGGAGGCCCCCCCACUGGACAAGGAGCCCCACCAACUGGAUGAUGAGCUCCACUCUCUGGGAGAGGAGUCCCAGUCAUCGGACAGCGAUUCCCAGCGGACGAGCACGCCCAAACCCUGA